AUAAUUUAGUAAAUAAUGAAUUAUAAUUAUAUUUAUGAUGUUAAUAGAUAUUAGAGAAUAUCUUCCCACGUGGCCUUCUGAUUUCCUUCAAAUAAUAGCCUUCAAUAGUGGCCUGCCACGUAGACACCCCAUAUUCGAAAGGCCGGACUGCACUGCAGGGGGAAAAAAAACAAAUCUUCCUCAACUGAGUCCCUCCCUCUUGAUCUCUCUCCUUCCUUACAACCCAAGUUCUUGCCUUUCCUGUCAAGGCCAUUAAUGAAAAGCCCAAAACUUGAAAAAAAAAAAAAAAAAGAUUUGGCUGAUGGGUUUUUCGAGUCCAACUCCAACCUCCUAAAGCUCCAACAACUACGCUAGGUGCCGCAGCUUUUUCCCUACACUACUUGAAUUUGAUCAUAGUGAUGGAGAAGAUGAUCAAGUCACCACAAUUGGUCGAUGUGGAUACCAGGGAUGAUCUUUAUGCAAUAUUACCUGGUAAUAUACGUUCGAUGCUGAGGGAUAGGUUGAAGGGAUCCACGGGGUUUUUGACGAGCAAUCUAAUUCUUGCUGGGGAGUUGAGGGAAGCCUUGGGAAGGAUCUUGGGUUGGUUGUCACCAUUAACACAUAAUAUGAUAAUAUGGCAAAGUGAAAAGAGCUUUGAGCAACAAACUUUGGUGCCCAAAACAAACGUAAUGCUUCUGCAGUUGCUAUUUUUUGUGAACAAGGAGAAGACUGAGGCUGCCACUACUGAGUUAUUAGUGGGAUUGAACUACUUUUGGAAGCCCGAGAGGGAGAUGGCUACUAGGACAUUAUUCAAAUCCACCAACUUCAAUGGGAUCUUGAAUGCCCUAACACAAGAGUUUGAAGGUGUGUGCCGAUCUGGUUUAGAGCUCAUACACUGAUGAGAUGGUCGUACGGUGUGCGGCGAUGGGGUGGUGCUAAGUGCGAAGGUGUCAAAGUGGUCUCUUCACAUGAGGAAAACACAUACAUGGGGAAAAGUGGGAGUUUCGCUUUUGCUAUGUUGUGUUGUAGUGUAGGAGUUUUCUAUGAGGAGUCUAAUGUGUCAGCAUAGCAUUGACUACCGUUAAACACACAAUUUCGAUAUUACCGAUUCAAAGAGGAACUGUAGUUACUACCUUAGU